UAGUGUCGUGCCCCAUUACCACCCCUACCUAGCGCGCGAGGCCGAUCUACAUCUACCCUUGGCGCGGGGCGUCGGCGGGCGCGUGCUCCCGUUCACGGAGGGAUGGACAAGCUGGUGCAGUUCGGGAGGAAGGCGUGGUUCAUCGUGCGGGUGAUGUCCGGCUACGAGGAGAGGCGGAUCCGAUCCUACAGGCUGCAGCUGCAGAAGCGCCUCGAGAUGGCCCAAGCUAGGAAGGAAGAGCUGCGGAAACAGCCAGAAAAAGUUAUCUUGUCAGAGGUUCGUCAAGUGGUUCAGCAGAUGCAAGCUCUCAAUCAGCAUCUUGAAGAAGCUGAAACUGCCAUAGAUGAAUACUUCAAACCAAUUGACAAGAAUGCUAAGAUCAUAACCGAUAUGCAGUUGGAGAAAGAAGACAAGCAAAUGAAGGAGAUGGCAAAAGUUAUGCAAGAGCAAAUAAAAAUGCAAAGAGAAAUCGCGAUGAAAAGAGCUGAGGCCGCCAGCCUAGAGUCCAAGGAUGCUCAAGUGAGUGAAAAAGUAGAUGAAAUCCCUACGAAACAAGAGACUGUAAAAUAGAUACUAUGUAUUGUUCCUUUUCUCAGGAAGUUAGUGUGCCUGUGCAUACUCUUUGCACUUGUUUUGGGCUAGGUAAUAAGUAUGUACUAUGCGACAGUCACCAAUUUUGUACUUCUCAGAGGCUAUUCUUUUCUCUGCGGAUUA